AUGGCCUCGAUCAACGAUCUAGCCACAGCGGCAAUUGCCUCAUCAGACACGCACCCACCCGCCGAUGGCAAACGAGGCGCCUUCAUCGUGCUGGAAGGCCUGGACCGCAGCGGGAAGACCACGCAGGUGAAGCUGUUGGAGCAGCGGUUCGUGGAGGAGGGGAGAAAAGUCAAGGUGAUGAGGUUUCCUGAUCGGACGACGCCUAUUGGACAGAUGAUUGAUUCAUAUCUAAAAAGUGAUGUGCAGAUGGAAGAUCAUGUUAUUCAUUUGCUGUUUAGUGCGAAUCGAUGGGAGGCAGUGAAACAAAUAAAAUCCCUCCUCGCCUCCGGAACAACCAUCAUAUCAGACCGCUUCUACCACUCCGGCAUAGUCUACUCCGCCGCCAAACUCAACCCCUCACUCUCACUAUCGUGGGCUCGAGCUCCUGAGCGCGGUCUCCCCCGUCCAGACAUGGUGUUAUUCCUAGAUCUCGACGAGGAGACGGCCAAAUCCCGCGGCGGCUGGGGCGGCGAACUGUACGAGAAGGCAGAGAUGCAGAAGAAGGUGAGGGAGCUGUUCUGGGGGCUUAGCAUGGGCGGCAAGGACAUCCAGGGACAGGAGAUGCUGGCUGGGCUGGGGGGACUGGAGGGCUCGCAGUGGAGGCAGGAGGAGGAGGAUCUGGUGGUUGUCGAUGCGGCGGGUAGUGUGGAAGAGGUGGCGGAGCGGAUUUGGAAGAGGGUGAAGGACAGGGUUGGGCAGGUUGAACGGGGAGAGGUGGGAAGGACGGUACGGAUAGUGCAGUGA